UAUUUAAGAGUUCGGUGAAUAUUUCCUAACUUUUCAAUCAGCUUAACAAAGUUAGCAUUACCUACAAUGGAGAACAGCAGUUUAAAUGAACAGUUAAUUUGCACGCGCAAUAAACAGUUUAAUUUGCACGUUCGAUCGAAACUUAAAAUUUAAGAAACUUUUAAGAAACUCAAUAUUCUAAAAUGUCGUUAGAGAACUUAUCAAAAAAUUAUAAUGAAACUGAAGGAGAAAGAAAAAAUUCAAAUGUGUUUUGGUCUAGUGAUUUUAGAUACACUAAAGAUAAACUUUAUAAAGACAAACUGCAUCUUAAGUGUUGUUUUUUUACAAGAAUGAACUGCAAAGGCAGAGCUUUUAUUCAUGAAGAUAAACUUCAAGUUACAACUGUUCACAGUUGCAGUUCAAGAGAAACAGACUUUGAAGUGCUGCUUGCUAAAAGUACCAUGAAGAAAAAGCAGAAGCAACAUCUGAAGACCUGCGCCUAAUUUUUCAAAACACUUUGAGUGAGUUUCCUGCAGUUGUUUCUGAAUCUGUUAGUUUUCGUCAAAUUAUCCCAAGUCUUCAAAAAAGGAGAAGGCUAAAUGAGCCUUUAAACCCAAAAUCACCUAAUGAAACCACGCAUGGAGGAAAGUAAGUGGUAUCAGCUCUUGAUAUUUUAUGUUGAGUAUUCAGCAGUACUUGAAGAUCCAAUUCCAGAUGAGGAUCAGAUGAAUUUUGAUCCUGAUAACCCUCACCUUUGGGGAAUAUCUGUUCCAGCUGUAUGCGCUUUAAUGACAUCGAAAUCCGAGGCUCUAUACAAGCUUGUUUUUUCCAAAAUAAAAGAAGUUUUAGAUUUAUCUCCAGUCACCAUUAUGUCAGAUUUUGAACGAGGACUACAGAAUGCUUUAAAAACAACUUGGAGUGAAAGCUUGGUGAAUGGUUGCAGGUUUCAUUUCGAAAAUGCAAUCACCAAGCAAUUAGCAAUUCUUGGUCUUCAGAGGGAAUACCGCCACCAAAUUCAAGUAAAGAAGUAUGCACGAAAAGUUUCAGCACUUUGUUUCCUUCCUGCAAACAAGAUCUUGGUUGCUUGGGGAUCUCGAGUUAUUGAGAUUGCACAAUUUAGUCGCGAAAUCAAAAUCUAACUACUUGCUUUUAAAAGAUAUUUUGAGAGUUAUUGGCUCAAUAUAAUGACCCCAGAAGGAUUCAGUGUUUAUGGCUUGAACCACAAAACCAAUAACAAUGCAGAGAGUCUCAAUAGACGUUUGAAAUCAAACAUGGGUGAUCGACAUAGAGGAUUUUGGCAGUUUAUGAAAUUGCUUAACCAGUAUGUAAUAGUCCUUACAAUUCAAGAGCUUCAACAGCUUCUCUGCAAUCAGCCAGUCCGCCGUGACCAACGCAAUUAUGGUGCAAUUGAAAAAAUGUGUUGUUUUGAGAAAAAACUUCGAGACGUAGUUUGAACAACUGAGAGAUUCCUAUCAACUGUAUCAUAUCUCUUUAAAACUUCAAAGUAGUUGCUUUUGAUAAAAACUCAAUGAAGGUUGGUGAGAGUCUUCCUUUGCCAACUUCUACUUCAACAGAGUCACCGCAGUGCGUUGUUUGUACCGUCAAUGAACGAAAUGCAUUAGUAAUGCCUUGCAGACAUUUUUUGUUUUGUCAGCCCUGCAUUCAACAAGUCCAAAAAAGCAACACAACUCAUUGUCCCACUUGACGAGGACCAAUAACAUCUAUAAUUGAACCUUUUCAAUGAUUCAGUAAAAUUUUCCCUUUUACCUAUAUUUUAAAAACUAAAAUGUCACACAAUUGUUUAAAUUUAUUUUUAAAAAUUUAUUAUAUA